GUUAGGUAAUACAGUUAGAUAAAUCUUUCCUGUAGAACUAAAUGCAACUGUUUAUAAAAUUUUUUAUACUACGGCUAUUUUUAUUAAAAGAAAUGUGCGAUUUUAAAUGCUUAAUUAUAGUUGUAAUUGUAGAACUAACAACUUUAAUCAUGGGAAUUUUAUUAUUAUGCAAAAAUACGUUCAAUAUUGUUGGUGCUAUACUUGUAAUUGUUUCAGCUGCUUUUCUUGUAUGUAACUGUUUUUUAUCCGGUGAUAUAAGAAUAAAUAAGAAUAGAAAAGUACAAAUUGAAAUACCUGUUGAAAGAAAUAAAGAAGAUCAAGUUAAUUUGCAACUUACAAACACUAUAUUUGACAAAGUAAGAGGAGAACCUUCAUACCCAUGCAAUCCUCUUAAUGAAGAUUCUACAUAUUGUUAUAAAUCUACAAAAAUAAAUCUGCCAUCUGACGAUAAUUUACCAUGUAACCAAAAUGCACUUUCACCAGCUGUUGAAUCGUUUCAAGAAUUAGUUAAUCAACCAUCGCAAUUGUGUUUGCAUAUUCUACCUUCGUACGAGGAGGCAACAAGAUACGAAAAUCCAGUUAAUUUAAUACCACCUUAUGAAGAAUAUAAGUAUUGAAUAAGUUGAUUUAUUGUAUAAAAUACAACUAUAAACUUGUUUAUAUAUUAUUGCUAAUGUGAUGCAAGUGUAUAAUCCAUUACAAUUUUCAAACAUUGAUGUGUGAAAAAAGCACUUUUAAUGUGUAUCUAUUACAGAUUUCAAACAUUCGAUUAUUGUAAUAAAAGUGAUAUUUUAAAAAUGUUUUGUAAAACUUAAAUUUUUUAGUAAUAGUUAUAUUUUUA